AAACAAACCGUGCUCGCUCCGUUUGCGCUCCGGUCUGGACCUUGCACUUUUCGCCCUAGAUGUGAGGGCACCGUCCGCCCUUCCUCUCGAUAGGAAACUCGUACUGACGUAAGGAAACCAUAGCGGACAGAUCCCAGGUUUAAUUAAGAGCCUUAAUACCACUGUUUUACUGAAACUGCACUCCCUGUGUCAUUCCUGUCACAAUAAAAUAUCCGCGUUUGGUGACAGUGGGCGGACAGGAAAAAUACAGCGACCGAGAAGGACAGACGAGAGGAAAACAAGCAGCGUUUGGCAUGGCUGAUCUGCUGAGGCUGCUGCUGCGGGUGGCUGAGAAAGCGGCUAACGUGGCUCGGGUCUGCAGGCAGGAGGCUCCCCUCUUUCAGCUCCUAGUGCAAGAGAAGACCGGAGAUGACAAGAACAAGAAGUUUGUCCAGGACUUCAAGACGCUCGCCGACGUGGUGAUCCAGGAGAUGAUCCGGCAUGAUGUUGGUGCUCAGUUCCCUGAAAUGGCUGGCUUCAUUCAUGGAGAGGAGUCCAACAAGUUUGAAAAUGGGCUUGGAGAGAGUGUGACAGUCACAGUGUGCAGCACAGAGGAGGAGACCGCGGCGCUGCUGGCCACAGUGCUGGACGGUGACCACACGGCGGCAUCUCUGCUGGCUCGAGCCAUCCACCAAAACCCGGCGACCAUCGACGCUAGCACAGACAGCCUGACGGUGCCCCUCAGCCCCUCAGAGCUCGGAAUCUGGAUCGAUCCCAUAGAUGCCACCAGCCAGUACAUAGAGGGCCGAGAGGAGGUGCUGGAGGAGGGUCACCUGUCUCCUUCAGGUCUUCACUGUGCUUUGGUUCUGAUCGGGGUUUACCGCCGCAGCACAGGCGAGCCCGUCAUGGGCGUCAUCAACCAGCCGUUCCACCACAAAGAUCCUUCAGGUGGAGGCUGGAGGGGGAAGCACUUCUGGGGAGUGUCCUGCGGCGACGUCAACGUCUGCUCGCUAUCUCGGCCCAAAGGUGGAUCCGAAGGCCUCUCUGCGGUGCUGAGCUCCAGUGAGAAGCAGGUGGUAAAGGAAUCCCUGGCUUCACUGUGCAGCCCCGAGAAGCUGAUGUACGCCUCUGGAGCCGGCUACAAGAUCCUGUGCGUCAUCCAGGGCCUCGCCGACGUCUACGUCCUCUCAGAGGGCAGCACCUUUAAGUGGGACUCCUGUGCUCCUCACGCCCUGCUCCGGGCCCUCGGAGGGGGGGUGGUGGACCUGACUAAGAGUCUACAGUCCGGCUCUGGAGCACAGGAUCAGCAGACAGAACUGACGUAUCACCAGCCUUACACCGAAUGUAAAGGAGCCGACCGCUGGGCCAACCACGGAGGCCUGGUGGCUUAUCGAGACUGUUCUCAGCUCCAAAGCAUCAUCGGGGUUCUGAAAGGCAAGUUGUAGUUGAAAACACAGUGGAUGUAAUCAGUACACGUUGUUGCAUAAAUGAUCAUGUUCAUUCUUUUUCUGUAUAAGAGGAGAGAAAGCUGGCAGGAUGGAAUAUUUUAAUUAUGAUUGACACUGUCUUAUUUUUAACCAGACAUAUAUGCAAGUGUAUAUUUUACAAGGUAAAUUUCAGGUCAGGGCCAAAUAAUAUUUGCAAAUAUGCAAAUGUUUCAUUUUUAGUCUUUAUCAGUGGUUCCCAAACUGGAGGUCAGCCUGUGUUUGACCAGGAGGAAAAAUAUUUAGCAAAAGAAUACGUGAAUGAAUCUAAUUCAUGGGUGAACAGUAAGCAAACACAGAGUGCUCCUUUGCUGGCAAGGAAUUCAAUAUUCAGGUUAGAAAGAUUUGUUCAAAAAGCAAAAUGACAUGUAAAGUAGAGGAUUUCUUAGGGUGAUGCUAAAUAUGAUAAAGGGAGUUUUACUUUUGAGUUCACUGUACCCUUGGAGCCAUGCAGGAAUAGAAGCAUGCAGUUCAUGUUCCAGGUUAAUAAAAUUCAUUGAGUUUACAUAUUGGGAAGUCAGGGCCAAAAGUCUUUUUGGCAUCCAGACAGGAACAUGAGAAAAGUUUGGGAACCUCUGAUUUCUACAUCUCACCAAACCUCCCACACAGGACAGUGCAGAGGACAGCAGAAAGUUUAGACAAUCAGAGAACGUUUUUGAGUCAGUUUUACUCCCAUGAGUGACAAGUUAUCAACCGGCUGCAACAAACUGAACAUUGUUUGUGGAUUCUGUUUAGCUCAGACCUGAUAUACAUUUAUUAAACAUCUGCUAGGCAUUGUAA